AUAGCUGACCUGAUAUGGGAAGUUGAAGUCUAUAUAAGGACUAUCGUCAUCCCCCUGGAUAAAUCAAAAGUCAUAGAAUUGGUUAAGGAUUUUGGUUGACUGAUCAUGGCGAUUGAGGUUAAUUCCAAAAAAAUUGCUGCAUACUCAAUCGGUAACGAAAGUGUUGAAAUCACCGGCGGAAUGAAGAAGAAGAAGAAGAAUGAACCAAGGAUUCCAUACCUUCCUCAUGAGCUAAUUGCAGAGCAUAUUAUCCCAAGACUUUCAGUUCGAGAUCUGUUGCACUACACCUGUGUCUCUAAGAUUUGGUAUAACUCUAUCCUUAAAGACGAUAAAUUUCCUUCUUCUCACUUUAUUCACUCACACAAAAAUCACAACUUUAUCUUCAAUUUACUCAAUGUAUUAGAUGAACCAAUUGAUAAGCUGCAUCAUCGAUUCAACCAUUACUUUUUCUGUUUAUUUAGUAAGAAUCAAAGUAUUGAUUUUAGAGUGUCUUCUCUUUUUCUCAGAAAUAUAGGGGUAAUAGCUGGUAAUUGUAACGGUUUGCUAUGUAAUUUCCCAAUGGCUGUUGAGCAUCUUGGUGCAUUUGGGGUUUAUAACCCUUGCAGGAAACAACUACUAAGCGUAUACCCUCCCAAGUUUAACCACUACUGUAUCUAUAUUUGUUAUGGUUUCGGGUUUGAUUCCUUGACAAAUGAAUACAAGAUUGUAUAUAUCUGUCACUCGCUAGAUGAAGACGAUAAAAAGGAAUUCAAAUGUAUGGUUUUCACAUUAGGUACUAAAUUAUGGAGAAAGGUUAAUCUUAGUACAUUCAUUCCACCAAGGUCUGCUAUAAGAGCGUCGAGUACUAGUUGUAAAGCAGCCACCUUCUGUGCCGCUACUGGAGAUCUUUGUUGGAGAUUACUAACUAGUACCACCGAACCUCCUGUUACUAAUGGUUAUGAGACAGAGAUGUUGUUGACGUUCAACCUCCACCAUGAGAAAUUACAAUUCAUUCGACCCCCACAUGAAUGUGCUUCAUCAGCAUCAACAAUGGCUACUGUUGAGCAUAAGGAGAACCGAUUAUAUGAACGGCUUAUGGAGUUCAAAGGAUUACCUUGUGUUCCAUGGUUGGAAAAAGUUAUUGUUAACAGUGAUAAUAUUGGUUGUAAUCAUCAGCAUCUUCAUUAUCAUUAUAGUCAAAGCAAUAGCAGUAGCUGUUGUUGCUGUGCGAAGCUUCACUUAUAUGUAUUAAAAGACAAGGUCAAGCAAGUUUGGGAAGAGGAAACUUUAGAUAUUCGUAUUCCUUCCUCUGCGUCUUCGGUACUUUCAUUACCACCUAGUCCACCUCCUUGUUGUUGUUGUUUUGACAGUACUACUGCACCUCCUACUCGUAUAAUGAGUUUCUCUGGUCAGAUUUUUCUUUACUGGUUCGACGGGGAAUGCCUUCAAUUUUACAAUUUACAGUCAAAACAUCUCAAGGUGGUGAAGUUAUCAUGCUAUGAUCGAAAGCAGCGUAACAUUUUGCAUUCUAAGAUGAAAGGGUGGCUCCCUGAUAUUGGUCAUGACAAUGACUACAAGUCAGAUGAUAAUAUUUAUUGUUCACAGAUGGAUUAUCAGUUGCAUGGGCUAGUGGAGAACUUCCUUUCCCUCGAAACCUUUCUACCUGAAGGAGAAACUAUUAGGUGUGAGGAUAAAUUAGGUGAAAAUCCUUCAUUUGAAGGUGGAAAAUCACCUGUAGCAUUCUUGUCCGCGGUGAAAAAAUCAGCAGUCCAACAUUUUUUCUUGUAUUAGCAUAAUUAUUUUUACUACUGUGACCCUUUUUUUCAAUACAACUUGCUUUUAUUUAUCACCUGUAUUGUGCUUGUUGAGCAUGUGUGAUGCAGAUAUAUCUCAAAGAGGUCUGAACCUAUGUUCUCAAACAGGAAGCAGGUUUCUCCUGGUCAAUGUCCAGUUCAAAACUGAGCUUCCUCAAUCUCAGAAAGUAGUUUGGAGGAUUGAAAAUUUCUCAAAGCUGAAAAACCAACAACAACUUUAUUCUGAUACUUUCUCCUUCAAUGGUCGUAAGUGGGGAAUGGUGAUUAAUCCCAAAGAUAACCCAAGAUCUCAGACUCACUUGACAGUCUACCUUCGCCCAGUCGAUCGUACUAAAUCAGUUUUUGCCGAUUAUACGCUGUCUAUUAUUGAUCAAAAGGAUGACUCAAGAACAGUGAAAAGAGAAGUAGUAGGACAUGAAAUUAAGGGCUUCUGUUGCGGAUCGUUCGUUCAUCUUAGUGAACUUCACAGUCCAGCUAAUGGGUAUCUCUUAAAUGAUACUUGUAUCGUUGAACUUAAGAUCUCUAAACAGAAAUCUAUAGUGGAGGAUUACCUUUAUUACCUUGACAACCUUAGUCCUGUGGAUUCUAUGUUCUUUUUGGCUCUUAGUUGCUUCCUGGUCUCUUAUCUUACAUGUGUUUCUUUAGUGUCUAUUGGGUCUUAUAAGCUCCCAUUCUAUAUAGACAUGAUAUUGGUUGCUAGUCUUACUGGUACACUUGUUUCUGGUACUCUUAAGUUUCUGCUUCCUAAAGACUAUGUUACUAGAGAUUCAAGCAAAGGAGUUGGAGAGAAAAAGAUUUCGGUACCUUUGCCUGCCAAGGGCAUCGAACUUGUAUCGAAUACAGAUCAAGUCAAGGUUUCAAAGGCAGCACUCAAGAAAAACAUGAAACAGAAAGCGAAAAUCAUAAAGCUGUCGAAGAGAAAACCCAAGGGAAGGAGCAAGUCAAGGUUUCAGAGACAGAGCUUGCGAGUAACCGAGUAGCCUCCCCAGAAGUAGGAUUGGCGAAGCAUCCAGGUGCUGGUCAAAUCUUUGAAGGUGGGAUGCACAACGAGUACAAUCUGGAUCAAGUACUCCUUGAUGGAGAUAUUUAUGAAGAAAUUGGGGGUUUUCAUGUUCCAAAACCUUAUGCAUCUUUAUACAAACAGAUAUGGUUGAAAUAUGGGCAUAUUGCUUCCAGCAAUGUCCUGACAGCUUCAUCAUAUAGGAUCCAGGUUACGGUAGUCGAGCAUAUAAUGUACUCCCUUGUGGAUUUAAUGGAUUCGCUCAAGGAAAUGAGCUGCUGUCGAUUACUUAAGUUAUCUUCUAAAAUGACUGGUUUCUGGGAAAGUGAGAUAAUGACGGCAGAGAAUCUUCAAUUUAACAUUGGGUGGCUUCAGAAUUACAUCGACAAUGUGAAACAGGGUUUUGAUGCGAUGCAGAAAUUGAAGACCAUACUGCAGGAGGAAGUUCAGCCUAUAAAAGCUGCAACAGAAUGUGAAAAUCAUAAAUUUGUCGAAGAGAAAACCCAAGGGAAGGAGGAAGCCAAGGUUUCAGAGACAGAGCCUGAGAGUAACCUAGUAGCCUCCCCAGAAGUUGGAUUGCUGAAGCAUCUAGGUGCUGGUCAAAUCUUUGAAGGUGGGAUGCACAACGAGUACAACAUGGAUCAAGUCCUUGAUGGAGAUAUUUAUGAAGAAAUUGGGUGUUUUCAUGUUCGAAAGCCUUAUGCAUCUUUAUAUAAACAGAUAUGGUUGAAAUAUGGGCAUAUUGCUUCCAGCCAUGUCCUGACAGCAUCAUCCGAAUUGUCCUAUGUGAUCCAAGUUGCGGCAGUCCACAAUAUAAUGCAUUCCCUUAUGGAUAUGAGCCGCUGUCGAUUCGUUGAGGUAUCGUCUGAAAUGAUAGUUUUGUGGGAAGGUGAUAUAAAGACGGCUAAUAAUCUUCAAUUUAACAUUGAGUGGCUUCGGAAACACUUUGACACUGUAAAACAGGGUUUUGAUGAGAUGCAGAAAUUGAAGACCACGCUGCACGAGGAAGUUCAGCCUAUAGAAGCUGCCAAGGCGCAGGUAACUGUAGCAGAAGAUGAGCUGAAAAAGGUGCAGGCACAGUUAGCUAUGGCCAAGAAUGAGUUAAAAGAGAAGAUAUCUGCCUUACCUAGUAGAGUUAGCCCCAUGACACUCUCAGAGUCGGAGUUUGAAAUGUACUUGGAGAAAGGUGAUACUCUUCUGUUUGAUGGAGUGUUUUAGACUGGGGAACUUUUAGAAUGGUUAGGUUUUCUAUGAAACAUUUUUCAUCCCACUAAUUACUGUUUUACAUGGAUAUUCUAUGAAGCAUUUUUCAUCCCACUAAUUACUGUUUUACAUGGAUAUUAUUAUGUGAAUUAUAUUAUU